CAGGCCCGGCCCCGCGCGCCCCGCACAGGCCCCGCGCGGCCCCGCGCGCGGUGUCGGUCCUGUGGUAGCCCCCGCACCUGAGCAGGGAUGGAAUCACUGGACACCGAGGUGCGGGCACGCAAGACUCUGGGCACUGUGGAGUACGUGGAGUCGUCGGGCUUCGCGCAGGGGGUGCUGCCCACCAGGAAGGAUGUGGUGCAGAACAUGCUGUACCUGCUGCAGCCCAAGAGGGCCGGCCAGGCCCAGCGCUCCAAGGAGGACGCGGCACAGCUGCUGGCAGAGCACCUGCAGGAGCACUGGCUGGUCUGCAACCUGCACACCAUCGCCACGCAGAACAUAAAGAAACUCAUUCUCAAAAUGUAUGAGGAGUUCACCAGGUUGUACCAGACCAGGAAGCAGAGACAGAACCAGAAGUUCUCCGAUCGGGCCGACAGAUUCAACGAGAGCUCGGAGAAGCUCUUUGAUGUGUUCUGCACAGACACACAAAUGAGGGAUAAACUGGAGGAGUACAGUGGGAUAAAAAUGACCAGCAUCGAGUGGAAGUUUCUGGAAGACCAGAGGAGCGAGAGAAAAAUGUACUACGAAGAUUUCACAGAGAAGCAGGAGCUGAAGAUGAUGGAGAGGAGGCAGAAGAUCCAGUGUCUGGAGCACUUCAGGAAGCUCGCCAGGGAGGAGAAGGAGGGGAGCAAGGCGAAGGCGAGGGACCGGGGCGAGGAGCAGUCGGACGAAGGCACGAGCGUGGACGAGUCGUACCCCGCGGAGGAGGAGAACGGCGGCGCCCCGGCCUUCUCGCUGCGGGGCCGGCGCAAGCGCCGCUGCACCGCCAGCACCACCGCGCCCCUGGAGGGCGAGCACAUACGGAUGAGCAUCCGCAGGGUCAGGCCUGGCUUCUACGAGACUGUGGAGAAGGUGAAGAACUGCUAGCGCCCGCCACGGGGUGGGCACGGCUGCUGGAGUGCCAGGGGCAAUGCACACCGGAGGCAAGUUUGAAACCCCACCACCCACUGGAAGUGAUUGUUGUGGAUCCCCAAGCCAGAGCUCAGGAACAUCCUGCCUCCAGGGAAGAGGGCUGGGAUGAUGACAACUGCAGCAAGGACUAAACCAUGUGGAUUUGGAAGGAUGAGCUGUUAGUGGCCAGCGAUGCCAAGGCUCAAAUGUGGCCGAUGAUCCAAGGUUACGUAGCGUAUAAGCCUCUUAUUCCAAGGUCCUGUCUGCAUCCGUGGAGUUUGGAAGUCUCUCAACAUUUCUGAGCCAGUGGUGGCCUAACAGUACAAACCAGGACUGGGAUUUACUGCAGGGUAAUAGCUCGGACUUGCUGCUCCCAGAGAAUCCAUGCGCUGAGGAGCCCUGGCUGGCC